GCAAGCGCAGUUCACAUCUCCCGGAAUUAGGGUUUGGCUUGUGCUCGCAAUUGCCAGAGGGAUUGAUUGAUGAGUGUUUGGGACUAUUUCGUUGCCCGGGUCCGCGCCGAAUCGGUAAUGUUGUAUCCUCAUCUGUGGAGACGGUAAACGUCGGUGGAAUUGGAGUAGCACCGAAUUGGAGCCGUUUUGCAAAAACUGCGAGGGUGGUCUGCUUUCGCAAUGAGCGCGGGAGGUCCUCUGCGGGUGGUAGCGACAGCGGGCGCUGCCGUAGCAGCUGGAAUGUUUACUCUUUCCAUGGCGUCUUCUGUCUCGCUUGGUGUGCUUUCCACUGUCGUAGAGCGGCAGCGGAAGAAGACUGCUCCGCAAUGUUCGUGUUGCAAAGGUCGAGGAUUCAUGCCAUGUCGCUUGUGCAAAGGGGAGGCUACAAUCAACUGGUCACCCUUGUAUGACCCAGUGGUGCUUAAACCUUGCGUUUGUCCGACUUGUGACGGCAACAGGGUUCAGAAGUGCUUGAAUUGCGUUGGGAAGGGCUACGUGUGAUCCAUACUGCGAACCAUCGCUGAAAACAGGUAGCUUGACAUUGAGGCGUUUAUUUCACAAGAAUUCCGAAGGGACUGCUUAAUUCCAACUGAGGAAUCGAUUGCAGGAGAAUUCGGGGCAAUGCGGCGGAACAUAUGUGCGGAGGACUCACACUGUCUGUUGUGAACGAGUUUUACUGGCUUUUAUCCAUUUUGCACACGAAUUGUAAAUUUUCGUGGAUCCUUUGGGUUUGAAGAUAAGAGAUUGAUCUGGGUUCCAAAAGUUUAGACGUUCUUGUACCCUGCUACUGAAGAAGGACAUUGUCAGAGACAUGGGGGCACAUUGAAGUAAAGAAUUCUGCUUUGAUUGUAUAAUGCGAUUGAGACCA